GCAUUAGCAUCCGCUUCUUCUCUCGGCUUGAAGCGAUUCGCUUCGCUUCGGUUCCUCCCAAUUCCCAUCCGAAACCGAAACCCUAAUCUCCCGCACCCCCUGUUCCUGCCGCUUGCCCUCCUCUCUCGAGGAGGUUCGAAUUGAUCACCCUCCUCCAGGGUCGCGCCUCUCCCUCCGGAGCUCCGAUUAAGGCUCCGACAAUUUUUUUUACGCUUCGUCACGAUCCCACAAGACUUCGUUUUCGCAUCCAUCGACUUGGUUCUCUGGAUAAAAAGUUUGUAGUAGAGACAACUGUAGUCAGCGAGGCGAUCAAUUAAAUCUCAUAAUCAUCUAUGAUGGAUGCAAAUGACAGCACUGCAAUUACUGUCCAUAAUCCAAGAGCCCGGAAGUUGAGAUCCUUAGUUUGGAAUGAUUUCACCAAGGAGAGAAGACCAGAUGGGAGCUAUGUUGCCAUAUGCAAUCAUUGCAAGAAGCAGCUCACAGCAAGCAGUCGGAGUGGUACGACUCAUCUAAAGAACCAUCUUGUGAUCUGCACAUCAACCAAACGAGUUAAACGCAAGAAGUUGGUGGUGCGCCGCCUUGUCCUUAAGUCCAAUGAUGCCAAGAAUGAGGGCGGCAUGAGUUCUGAGCAUUCCCAAUUUGAUCAGGAACUGAGCCGGCAAGAUCUUGCUCGCAUGGUCAUUCUGCAUGGUUACCCGUUCAAUAUUGUUCAUCAUGUUGGUUUCAGGACUUUUGUCAGGAACCUUCAGCCGCUGUUUAAAAUGGCAUCUGCUGAUAUUGUGAAGGCAGAUUGCAUGAAAAUAUAUGAAAAUGAGAGGCUCAGGUUGCACGAAAUGCUAGACAAGAUACAUUCCCGAGUUAGCCUCACAGUCGAUAUGUGGAAAUCUAUUGCAGACAUGGACUAUGUGUGUUUAACCUGCCACUAUGUUGACAACGAUUGGAGGCUUCAGAAGAAAAUUAUCAACUUCUUUCCUCUCGGGCCUUCUGAACUUGGGCAAGAUGUGAGCAAAACCAUAAUGGAGAGAUUGCAGGAAUGGAAUAUUGAUGGGAAGCUAUGUGCUGUACUGCUAGAUAACUGUAGCACCAGUGAUUUUGUGGCAAGUGAGCUUAUAGGAUACCUCCGCGCAAAGGGUUUUCUUAUUUCAAAUGGUGAUCUAUUUUAUGCUCGGUCUUGUGGGCAUUUGCUGAAUGCCAUUGUUCACAAAAGCCUGGAAGCAGCAUGUGAAGUCAUUGAUAGAGUUCGUGUCAGCGUGCAAUUUGUAAAAUCGUCACAAGAAAGGCUAUCCAUACUUCAGAAAAAUGCAGAGCAAAUAGGCAUCCUAGAAAAACCAUUAGUUCUCGAUGCUCCAUCUAAUUGGCCCUCAACAUAUAUGAUGCUGGAAACUGCAUGCCAUUAUCAAGAGGCUUUCAAACACUUGGCAGAAAGUGAUGUGGACAAUGCUAGCUUUCUUUCACCCAAAGAUUGGGAAGAUGUUAGAGCUGUCAUUGAGUGUCUAGAUGUUCUUUACCAAGCUUUGGAGAAGUUCUCUGCCACCAAAAUCCCAACUGCAAAUCUAUACUUCAAUGACAUGUGUGGUCUUCAUCUUCUCUUGAAGACUUGGUAUAAGAGUCCGCAACCCUUUGUUGCAUGUAUGGCUAAGGAGAUGCUUGAGAAAUUUGAACAAUACUGGGACUCGAAUAGAAUGUUAAUGGCAAUUGCAUCUGUUUUAGAUCCGCGUUACAAAAUGAAGUCUGUCGAGUACUUCUUCAAGCAAAUUUAUGAUGAUGCAUUUGAAGCAAAAACAAGGAUUGACAAUGUUCGUGACAGCUUUAUAAAUCUAUAUAAUGAGUAUGUAGGCCACUCUGCUAAUUCUUCAAAACUUCAAGCCUUUUAUGCUGGGAACAAUAGUGGCUACAGUGGGGGUGAAUAUGUAAAUGGUGGAGAAUGCAAGACUUCUCGUAUCACAUUGUCUGAUACACAGCGUGGAUUGGAUCAGUAUCUUAAAGAGACAUCCUCCGGUCAUCCAGCAAGAUCUGAUCUGGAUAUGUACUUGGAAGAGGCUGUGCAUCCCUCAAAAGGUUCUGAAGACAAUUUUGAUAUCCUGGCAUGGUGGAAAUAUAAUGCUGCCAAAUAUCCUGUGCUUUCUAUGAUGGCCCGUGAUAUUAUGGGCAUUCCUAUUUCAGUCGUUCCAUUAGAUAGUGAAGCAAGAACUCUAAAUCAGUAUUUAAGUUCAACAGAUCCAGCGAUUAUAGAAUGCUUGAUAUGUUCACAAGAUUGGAUAGGAAAUGAGACAGAAGUGUCUUCAGUGGAUGCUCUUGCAAUUGUUCCUUCAACAGCAUUUUUGGAGACUAAUGGUGAUGAGUGCAUGCUACCUGCUGGUGGUGACUAGACUUCAUUGUGAAUCUGGUACUUUGCUCUCACCUUUUUCCCCCUUGAACUUAUUGUAUCAUUUGCGAAUCUCAUAUUUGAUAAUUAUUGUCUAAUUUGUUAAAAUAUGAGAUUUUUUGUAUGAUGUUUUAACUCUCUGUCUUUUGAUAUCUGUCUAUUAUUACUCUUGGUAAUUUAGCUAACUUUUUGCUCCA